CUCGCUUAUAGCCCACAGCAGACAUCAUGCAAUGGAUUUAAGAGAUCUUUUCACCGUAGCCCAGUUCAUAAAGGCCAGGUGUAAACAUGGCAUGAAAGCAAGUACCACGAAGGAUAAGAAUUAUGUUUUUUUCGAGGUGGAGAUUGUGGAUCCCAAGAGCAAAGUGCAGCUCUGCUACCUGGAUAAGGUAGAACCCAAUGCCACCAUUGCAGAGAUUAAGACGCUGUUGCACAAAAUUUACCCCAAGUUUUACCCAUCAAGGCAAGCACUGAAACUGCACCCUGAGGGAAAAGCCCUCAGCGAUGAUGACGUGCUGAAAGACCUACCAGUCGGUACAACUACAACAAUGUUCUUUCAGGAUCUUGGCCCACAGUUAGGGUGGGCUAUGGUAUUUCUGGCAGAAUGUCUUGGGCCACUUUUUGUUUAUCUGUUGUUCUACUUUCGGCUUCCGUACAUCUACAGCCCCGAGUACGACUAUACACAAAGUCCAUUCAAAGUUGUCCAACUAGCCGGCUGGUGCCACACUCUUCAUUACAUUAAGAAACUUGUGGAAACUAUUUUCAUUCAUCGGUUUUCAGACGGGACUUUACCGUUACGCACUAUCAUGCAGAUUUGUCUAUACUACUGGGGGUUCGCAGCAUGGCAGGCCUAUUAUAUCAACCAUCCGCUCUACACCCCAGCAACCUAUGGGAAACUUCAGAUCUACUCUGCACUGGCAAUGUUUCUGAUCUGUGAGUGUGGAAACUUCUCUGUUCACCUCGUUCUGAAUCAAAUCAGCUGUAUUGGGUCCAGGCCUACAGAGAUCCCUUAUCCCACAAGGAAUCCUCUCACUUGGCUCUUUUUCUUCGUAUCCUGCCCAAAUUACACAUAUGAGGUGGGAUCGUGGCUUAGCUUCACAGUCAUGACACAAUGUGUUCCAGUUGGAGUUUUCGCAUUUUUGGGUUUGGUUCAGAUGACUAUGUGGGCUCGAGCAAACCAUAAAACCUACAUCCAAGAGUUUGAAGACUAUCCUGUACUGAGAUCAGCCAUCAUUCCACUGUUCAUCUAGAUCGCUUCAGCGGAGGAUUAACACACAUGCACUUUGAAAUGGAUGCCACACCAAACAUAAGGCAAAAAAAAUCUCUAACAACGCCUGGGGAUUUUUUCAGAAACUCUUAAUUUUAUGUGAUGUCCUUGCUGAAGUGUCAAAUGGUUUUUACUAGUGCAUUACAGUUUUUCUCAAUCGAUUUUAGAUAUUUUGUACAGGACAUGCUUUCAAAACACUUAACUAUUCCAUCUUAGCACUGUCAUAUUUUUAAACAAACUUCAUAUUCAUCAUUUUCUGAAAUCACUACAAACAUUUUGAGAAACCACAUCCAUGUAAAAAUUUGGUUUAAAGUGUGUUAGCUGAAAAGAAUGCAGCACUUUAUUAUUAAAUUAAAUUGUGUUAUAUUAUGAGUCUAUUUACGAUUUGUUUUGAGAGCGAUAACGUAGUUCUAUCCUAGGAUAUGUGUAAAAUGGAUUGAGAAAAACUAUCAGAGAGGAUACUGAGAAAAGACUAAAGGUGUAAGGCAACGUUUGGGAGGCAAAGAGGUGCUACUUAGUAACUUGUUUACAUAUAAGUUAGUAAGUCUUAAUGGAAUACAUAACUUAAAAUCUUCAGCAACAGAGAGUCUUAACAUGAGAGUCUGGAGUCUAAGCUGAAUCACGAUACUGAACAUUACUAGAAUAUUAAAAUAAACAAUACAUGGCAUACAGCACAUUAUUGUUUUAUUUAAGCUUAUUUUUGUAUUACGGUACAUUUUUUAACACGUGUGUGCUUGUAGUAUGGAAAAUGUCCUUUUUACUUA